CGUAAACUGACCUCCUUGAAUGCUCUUUGUUUUUGUUGACCUUCGCUCACGACACCUUCGCGCCCACCAGAAAUCGAACCUUUCAUCUCACGCCGUGCACUGCGCAACCUCAAUCUCAUCAUGACGCAGCGUCUCUUUACACUGAAUGCUUGUCUGACCGACAUGUCUCGAACUGCGGGGACGCCUCAGCAGGGCAACGCACACAUGCCGCCUACUUCCUGUUUCUCCCCAUUCCGCCCACAAGACCUGAUUUUGUCGAUUCGCCCAUGCGCAAACAGUGUCGCCGAGCUAUCGCGAGACUUCGAUGGGAUUUGAUGGCCAAUUUUGAGGGAUACAACGCAAGCUUGACUCAGCCAAAUCGGGGGCCACAUACGGCGAGUGCGCGAACCGCGUUGGAGGGCGCACAUUCGUGGUGUCAGAGGGGGCGUAUUGCAGAAUCUCAGGCAGGCUACACAAGGCGAACGCGAGAACUACAAUGCCAUUGGAGGAUACAGCCCUUCCAUCCUCCCGAUAUAAGGCGCGCUCAAUCAGUAUACAUUUACUCCAGGUCUAGCAUCCUACUAGCGAGGCCUUCACUCCAUCGAACGCUACAUCGCGCUUCACCGCUACAGUUCUUCACAACAAUGGCCGCACCCAGCUCCACCAUCGACAAAUCCAAACCCUACUUUCCUCUGGCAGGGUCCGCGAACGAUGGCUGGUCCAAAGAAGGUGAAGCCACGGCCACAAUGCUUCUGUGGCGCCGUGCAACUGGCAUUCCCAACCGAAGGGCCGGGCCUGGUCGACAGCUUUGUCUGUAACUGCUCCGACUGCCACAAAAUCACUGCGUCCAUGUUCGCAUCCAAUUUCAUCAUCGCCGACACGCACCUAAAGCAUCUACGUGGCCGCGAGAACCUGAAGACUUUCAGCCAAUCACUCACCAUCGCCUCGGGCAACAGCAUGACGAACCACUUCUGCUCGACGUGCGGCACGCUCAUGUACCGCGUCAGCUCCGGUUCCCGGGGAAAAGCAUCUUACGGAUUGGCACCAUUGACGAUUUCCAUCUGCACGAGACCAAGUUGAGACCCAGAGUGGAGCAGUUCACCAAGAAUCGUGUGGGCUGGCUGGGCGGCGUGGAGGGGGUUAGACAGGUUGAGGGGAGUGCUUACUCUUAGAGGGGCGGAAGAGCCCCUGCGGUCCUGAUUUCGAAUUUCGCAGGGCUCGACGCCGCCACCUCCCUUGAUCUAGCCGAUAUCUUGAGCACGUUACAGACGGUCAGGGACUGUGCGGCGGGGAUGGGAGACAAGGAUGCGAGGAGGGCAAUUGGGGUAUGGGUGGCUUCGGAGUCCGUAGUUUGUGAUUGAGAGGGUGCGGAUGGGUGACGAUGCGGAGGAGGAUGAGGAUGAAACUGAAGUUGGAGCUGGAGUUGUAGACAUUCAGAAUGGGGAUGCGGGAGAGAAAGAGAAGGUACAAGGUU